AUGAAUAUGCGGCGUAUUUUCGAUGUUUGCUGCAAUCCGAGCGCAGACGCGCAGGUACUGCCACUUUCUGAGACGCCAUUCCGCGGAAAAAUCUCUAAAAGUCCAAAUGGAUAUUCCAUCGACUACAGCCGCCCUAAUCCCAGUCAGCACCCAAAGCCUCUUCUGCUCUGUCACCGGUCCCACCCCGCACGACCCCUCCGACCCUCUAGUCGUAAUUUUUCCGGGCGCAGGCGAUGUAGCGUCAUCAUACGUCGCGGUAGAACGUCUCCUGCGGCCGUUCGUAAGGACACUCCUCUACGACCGUUCUGGACGCGGCACAGUGAGCAAUGUCCACCACAAUUACCACCAACUCCCAGUGCAAAGCCCACCGCCCAGAGCCAAGGACAGGCCGUCGCGGUGGCAACAGAACUAGGCGUGGUUCUAGAGAAUUCAGGAAUCAGUUCGGAUACACCUUUGUUGCUAGUUGCGCACUCUUACGGCGCUAUCGUGGCGCGCGAGCUCCUGCACCUGUAUUCCGAGCGCGUUGCUGGUAUGGUCCUCGUCGAUGCGUCCACCGAGCGCGCGAGCGAGUAUUUUAACGUCCCUGAUGAGAAUAUUAUUGCUGUUAUGGGGGAUCUGAGCUAUGCACGCGCUACCGGCUUACGGAGCGAGACAGUGCUAAGUGAUGAAGAAUGGAGGGUGCGCGCGAAGGAGAUCAUUGUCAGCUCUAGAGCUACGGCUGCUGAAAUAGCGAGUUUCUAUGAGGUUUGCGAGACGCUAAAGAGGAUGGAGCAGUUCAGAAGGCAGGCGUUGGGAAAAAGGCCGUUGAGUGUGGUUCGGGCUAAUACGGCCAGCGAUUAUAGAGCUGUCCACGAGAAGGGCGUUCCUGCUGGAAACGGCAGGGAAGAGCAGAGGGCGGCUUUCCGGACAUUGCUGGAUCAGUGGGAAUAUAUUGAUAAACAGCUACAGGAGGAGCAGUUGCGAUUGUCAUCAAAUACGCAUUUCUUCAGACUAGAGGGGUGCGGGCAUAAUGUGCAUCUUGCACGGCCGGAUGUUAUCGCCCAGGAGCCUUUCGGCUAUUCACUUCCCUCGCGUGCCUAUACGUAG